CCUGCCCCCAUCCCUUCGAUAUUUCAGCUAACGAAUCGGUCUCCCUUGGACGUGUAUUUGAAUUGUCUCCUAGUUCUCUCCUUUGGCCGACAGAUCAAAAGAAUAAAAAAUGGCUUCCACUUUUGGUUUUAUAACUGUUAUAGCAGCAUGUCUCCUUGUCACAGUAACGGCUUUAAAUUGUUACACAUGUAACAACUGCGGCAAGAGACAGAUGACCCAACGAGAAACUAUGAGAUGCCAAGCCGGAGUUAUGGGCAUGUCGAUCCCCCAAUGCUUCCAUGAAGUCACAAACAUGGGCACAAUAAACCGUGGAUGUACAAACCGCACCGAUUGCACAUUCCGCUCGUCCCAGCGUAUGGAACGCCAGUGCGGUCCCGGAGUGCAGCCGCCAUGCUUCUCCUGCUGCGAGACAGAUAACUGCAACGUGGGAGCAAACAACGGCGUUACCAUGCCAACGGUAUCCAUGGCAACAUUCCUUCUCAUCCUCGUCCCGUCUAUCCUCUCGAUGCUCGUCAGCUGGUAGACAGUGCUUUCUGAAAUAAAAAGGCGGGACAAGCUGGGGCAAUAUUCCUGUUGUAAAGUGGACUGCAUGGAUACGGGGAGGGGGGCAUCAUUUUUUUAUGGACAAAAGUGUGUAAAUAAUUUUCAAUCGUUAGACGAUUCCCAAUAUUAUUUUGUAAGUUUACAAUGAUGCUAAUAAUAAUUACUUUACGAUACGAUAAAUGACUGUAGAUUCUUCCGUAUCAUAGUCGCGGUGCUGGGAAAUAAGGCCAGUUUGAUAUCGAUAGUAACUUCCACUGAAUACCUGAUUUUGAUUGGCCAAUGUGCAAUAAUGACGUCACUGUUUUAGUUACUAUCGAUUGUCAAUUUACUAUGAUUAUUACUGUGAUUGUUGGUUGUAUAAAGUGGGAGUGAUCACUUCCAUUUUUAUUCAUCAAGUCUUUCAUUUUCAUGAUAUAUGGGUAAGGCGAAGAAUAUCAGACAAGGAAAUCAUGUAAACCAUUCACUUGAAAAAUGAUAAAAUUUAUAAUAUCUUGUA